UGUCUGCCAGGGAAAAGCCGGAGCUUCCCUUGGAAUGGGGAAUGUAAACCCCCUCGCUCUGAAUUAUUUUAAUUUUGAAAUUAAGGAGCUUUCAGGCAAAGAUAUGGGAAUAGGAAUAACAGUUCUUUACUAGGAAUAUUAAAAACGAAGUAGUACAAAAAAGCAAACGAACAAAAAAGAAAAACACUGGCAGAGUCAGAACACGACCUGACACCCUGUUGGUCAGGGUGUUGGUAGCAGUCCAAUUAAGUCCUCCUGGAGUGACAGAUGUGGUUCUGUUGGAGUAGAGAUGAUCCCGUGGAAGGAUCCAGCGGUGGCGAGAUGAGUCUGGUCUUCCUCUGGGAAGCCAGUGGAAAACAGGCUGUCCUGGUGUUCUGAAUCUCAGGUUUUAUCCAGGUAGGAAAGCUUGGCUCCUCCCACUGGGUGGAGCAUCUCACAAUGGGAUGAUGCCAUUUUAUCAGUCAUGCAGUGAGCCUUAAUGGCUCAUUAACAGCAGAUAUCCCCCUGGAAGGAGGAUGGGUCAGGGAAGAGAUAGGAACACUGCCCCACCUGGUUUUAACAGCUGGCCCAUUAACAGAAGACACCUGCCCCCUUCCCCCCGGAGCCAUGAGGAAUGGGUCAUAGAAGAGAUAAAGAAAGAAACACCUCCCCAACCAGUUUCAACAGAUGGGAAUAGAAUACAUCUUGCAUUGAACCCAAGACACUCAUUUAUGAAAUAACCUCAUAAACUCUUAGGCAAAGAAACAUGCAUUGAGUAGAUAUAUCACAUCCCUUAUCACCCACAAGCCUCUGGAAAGAUUGAGAGGUAUGAUGGACUGCUGAUGACUAUGUCAAGAGGGUUAGGCAAUCGGGCAUGGAAGCAUUGGGAUGCAAAUUUAGCAGAAGCCACUUGGCUGGUUAACACCAGAAGAUCUGCUAACCGCCCUGGUCCUGCCCAAACAAAACCACUACAUACUGUGGGAGGAGAUAAGGUCCCCAUACUACACACAGGGAAGUGGCUGUGGAAUUCUCCUCCCAUGGGAAAAGGCAAACCUAUUAAUGGGAUUGUCUUUGCUCAAGGACCUGGGUGUACUUGGUGGGUAGUGCAGAAGGAUGGGGAGACCCGGCGUGUGCCUCAAGGAGAUUUAACCUUGGGGGAAAAGUAAUGAGUGCAAACUGUAUGUUGCAGGAAGUAAAGUAGCAGGAGUGACAUGAACCGACGAUGAGUGAAUUUUACGAGGAGCGAGGAGAGUGCGAGGAUAGCCCAGGCAGGGCCGGUGUCGGUGCCGAACGGUCGAGUGUGUCGCUUCUGUCCCGAGCACCCAUCUUGAUGGAAUGGAGCCCAAGUCACAGCCUGUUUUUUAAACAUCUGGAGGGCUGGAAGAAACCCAUCAAAUGGGAAACUAAUAUCUGUCUUUGAAAGGAAGGGGGACGGUAGUUAAUGAAAAUGUAUACGUGUGUUGGACAUAAAGAUGGUUUAAGCAUGGAGUUUAAGUUGUAAGUGUUGGUAAGAAGGGAUUUCAGUCAUGACAUAAAUACAAUGGAAGAAUUAGAAGCCAGAUAUAGAUAUAUAUAUAAAAAAUUCUGUGGGAUCUGAGUAUGAUGCAAAUGGUGCGAAGUAAGGGGUGGAGACUGUACUGGCUGUGGCUGAGAUGGAGUUCACUUUCCCCAUAGCGUCCAACAGUGCCAUGCUUUGCAUUUGUAUCUAGAAAGGUGUUGAUAACACAUCAGUGUUUUGGCUACUGCCGGGCAAUGUUGGCACAGCGUCAGCGCUGCCUCUCCAACAUUCUGCCCCCAAUAAGUAGGCUGGGAGUGGGCAAGAUCCUGGCAGGAGACACCACUAGACCAGGUGACCCAAACUGGCCAGAGGGCUAUUCUGUACCAUAUGACUUCAGCUCAGAAAUAAAAGCUAAGUUAAGGAGGGGGAAAGGGGGCACAUUAGUUAUUUACAGCGUUUGCCUUUCGGAGCAACCCCUACCUGUGCUGAAGCCCUGCUUCUUGGAAAGUGGUCGGACAGUGCUUGCUGAUGGGAACCAGAGGAUAUAUUUGUUUUUCCUGUUUCCUUUUUUGUGCGAAAACUUUCUCUUUUCCUUUAGUAAACUGCCCUAUCUCACCCUGUGAGUUGUUUUCCAUCUUAUUUUCUCUCUGUGUCAAGCUGAGAAGGGGGAGUGAUAGAACGACUCUGUGGGCACCAGCAAGAGGAGCUGGAAACCACUGGGCAGCCGGAAAGCUAACAAUGUAAUCACGAGAGUAAAAAUGUGCUGGGACAACUCAAUGACUGGAGCUCCCCAGUCAAUGGCUAUAAAGUGGUCAGAAGGAAGGAGAGGCAGAGGUGGUCCUCUGUGUGAACUCAAAAUAAGAGGGAUUUUCUGUACAGAGCUGUCUUUGAAAGACAGCGAUGAACAGGUUGAGAGCUUAUGGGUGAAAAUUAGAGGCCAAGCUGUUGCGUUAAGAGUAAGAAACUUGGCAGAAAAUAAAGCCCCUUGCACUCCAGCUGCUCCUCAGACAUCAGAGGGACCGGGUGGGGUUAGGCCUAAUUUCCGGUUACAACCAGUUCAGCACUGUGAAUCUGGUUGCGUUCUCUAAGAACCUUUGUGAGCGCAGAUUCAGGAAUAGAGUGAUUUUCUGAAGUUACAGAACUAGAGAUUUGGAACUGCCAUUGAGAAAUGCACUAGCUGUGGUAGAAGUCUAAUAACAUCAUGCUAACCCAUGCAAUACUAAUAAUAGCAAUGGUAUGCAGAAGCUUCCCAAGAGGGCGUCCCCGCUUUGGAGGAGGGAGAAGAGAACAGACCGGCAACUGUCUCUGACAUCUCUUGGGAAUUCCUGCUACCUAGCUGAAAUUUCUACCCUCCUUAUAUACAGCCCAAUCUUCUCCUCCUUACGUAUAGCAAGAUCUAAUUGGAGAGCUGAGUAAUAUAAUCAUAUACGUGGUAGCAUGUACUUCAGUAAGCUUAUUAGCAUAUGCAUGAGUGUGCAUUUUAAUACUUAAAUGACCCUUAAUCGGGCAAAGGUUACUUCUUUGGCCUUGGUGUCCUUCAGAGUUCCGCUCUUAAGACUUCUUUCCAUUUCAUGCCGUUCAUCAGAGCCAAGAAACGGCUUUCCUAGCUGCCCAUGAACUCCUCCUUCGGCCAUAUUGUCCUUUCUUGACGUCAGCUAUGUGGAUCUCCAUCAGGAAAGAUAAUGUGGAGGGUACACGGUUUAGGCCAUAUAUAGUAAGCCUUAGCCCUUUCCUGACUCCAUGGUCAUCAUCCCACACAAGCCAACAAAAGAAGCCAACCUUGUGUUUGGUAUCUACUAUAGGCCACCAGAUUAAGAGGAUGAGGUCGACGUAAGACAUCAGGCAAGUUAGGCGGGACAUGAGCGUUGCUGAGUAAGGGCCUUCUCUUCUGGUUGAGCUGAAGCAUGAAGUGGACAUGCAUAGGUAUUGGAAGCAGGGACACGCAUUCUGGGAAGAAUCUAAAGAUGCCGCCCAGGUCUGUAGGGAUGGGAUCAGAAAAGCUAAGGCAAAGCUGGAGCUGAAUUUGGCAGGGGAUGUAAAGAAUCAUAAGAUGGGCUUCCACAGGUGCAUUGGUCAGAAAAAUAAGGCUAAAGAAAGCGUACGCCAACCCACAUUCCCUUCCUCCCUCCCCCCCUGCCCCCGCUGAUAAAUAAGCCAGGAGGUCUAGUGGCCAGUAACAUGGAGAAGGCUGUGAUACUCGGCGAGUCGUUUUCCUCUGUUUUCACUGGCACGGUUACCAAACCUCUUGAGACCCUGAACCUCAAGGCAGGGACUUGGGGAACAAAGUCCCUUCCAUCAUAGGAAACAAUCUGUUUUGAGACCACCCGAGGAACCUGUGGAUACACAAGUCCUGCACCUGGGGAGGCACAACGCCAUGCACCAGUACAUGCUGGAGGUCGAUCGGCUGGAAAGCAGCUUUGCAAAAUAGGACGACGUGCCCUUGCCGCAAAGGCGGCCAAGGAUCUCCUUAGCCCAAUAUCGAGGAAAGCAGGGUUUAUAUAUGUUACAAGAUAGAUGUGUGGGCCAUUCAAGGUGCUCACUGUGCCCGGAGCUGCAGGGCACAGCAGACCACCCUUGGGCAGAUUUGAGGGCGCUGCCUAUUUUUCUAAAAGCCUCCUAUCCAGCCUAACGCAAAUCCUACUAUCUUGAACCCUCAAGCCAGCAGUGCCGAACGCACGCUUUGUAUUUUAUUUGCUUCCAGGAGACGUGCAGCUUAGAAACGUCUGCAAUGGAAGUGGGGCUUUCAGCAAACAGUGUAGAGCAACUUCUGUUGGUUUUUCAAAAUGUCCCGAGAAGUUAAGGGCAGGCCUGCCCUGCCCUGGCCAAAGCAGUCAUUUGACUGAAGGGAGCAGCACCAAAAAGGCACAGGCACCUUUGGGGUGGACUUGAUGCGGUAACAAAUAAUAAGAAAUAGUGUUUGUAGCUACUACAGCCUCUUCUGCGACCUCGUAGCCCGCCCUCAGGGUCGCAGCACUACACGGGGCAGGUCCCUCGGCGCCCCGAGGGCCCCAGGUCGACGAGAGAGGACUCGCCAAGGGGGCGGGGAAAAGCGAAAGAGACAGGCGGGACAGCAAAUGGAGACGCGGGCCACGAUCCGUCGGCCCAAUGGGCGCCGCGGAGGGCCGGGCUUAGUGGAGGAAGUGUCGGGGCGGACACGGGCGUUGUCCUUGGCUGACGAGAGUAUCGGGGUGCUGGCCUCUCGCCCUGGUGGCGCCACUACCGUCUUCGGAAAGAUUAUCGGCAAGGCGUUUCUGUGGUCUCGUCAGCGACGAGGACUAGGAGCAUCCCCCAAACUGGAUUAUGAGGGCAAGGAAUUACAUCUUUCUCUAAUUAAAAAAAAAAAAAAGCAAAAAAAUUACGAGGUGGUCAUCCUGCAGGCUUCAAUAGCUUUCCAGAACUCGUUUCUGUGGGGAAAUAAGACCGUGAUAACAGCAUGCUUGCAAGGGUCACGAGUGUUGGUACUGGAAACUGGAGUGAGCUGCUUAGACCGGGGGAAAAACAAUGCAGGCGUUGCCUAUGGGAUGUUAACUUUAAGUGCCAUUCGUUCCUUGAUCGUUUUGCCCCUAGACGCGACACUUUUCCUAGUCAUGCCUAAGGAGCCAAUUAUCGAGUUGUCUGGAGCAGGAGAUUCUGGUGAAUCUCUUCUUGGGCAUGUCGUGAUUGUUGGCGAGAUGUGUGUUGCUCACCUGGGCCUGACCAAUGGAUUCCGGAUGGUUGUGGAUGAAGGGCCCGAGGGUGGGCAGUCUGUCUCUCGCAUGCAUCUACCCGUUCUGGGUGGCGGUCAGUUGGGCUGGCCGCCUGGCUAAGAUUUUGGCACCGCAAGAGUUGCUGCACGUGUACAAAUCGCCGCUGAAUGGAUUUCGUCUGUUGCCCAUCAAUCUAGCGGCUUUUGAUGUGUAAUUUUUCUUUUGCCGUGCGUCUGUGGAAGGUAACAAAAGCUUUGAGCAGCAGUUGCACAAUAAAGAUUUGUCAUGGGGAUAUCA